UGUAUCCCUCCGACUUCUCGUGGGAAUUAUAUUCUCCCACCUUGGAUUUGGAGUCGGCGGCACAAGUUCAGCAUAUCGCGCAAAGCCAUCAUCAACCCCACGAUUCGUGGCCAUUACUUGCGGCCACAUUUACGCCGUGAAUGUACUAAGCGUGCGCCGCUCAUCCAGCAGCGGAGCGAGCCGGGCCGGGCCCCGCCCCGCGGCCGUGACGUCACCGCGGCGCCGAGAGACGAAGAGGAGCAGCAGCAGCGGCGGGGACGACGACGACGACGCGGCCAUGGCGGGAGACAGGUGGUCACAGGCGGCGAUCGGCGCGGCGCUCACGGCCGCCUCGCACCCGAUGCUCUACGUGAAGGUGCUCAUCCAGGUGGGCCAUGAGCCGCUCGCCCCAUUGUGGGGACGGAACAUGUUCGGGCGCCGCGUGCUGCAGUUGCCAGGCCUCUUUGGCUACGCACGCCACAUCACCAAGGUGGACGGCAAACUGGGGCUCUUCCGGGGUCUGGCGCCACGCCUCUGCACCACCAUGCUCGCGUCUUCCACACACAGCUUUGUGCUGCAGAAAUACGCAGAGGACGAGGCCGAAGUAACAGAAGACGACAGCUCAGAAGCGAAGGAGAAGUCUCUGGAAGAGGUCGUAAAGCAGACGUCCCGGGAGAUGGUAGCCAGGUGCGCCGCAACAAUCGUGUCCCAUCCUUUUCACGUAAUCUCCAUGCGCUGCAUGGUGCAGUUCAUCGGGAGGGAGGUGAAGUACACCGGUGUCUUCAAUUCCCUCGGAGUCAUGUGGAGGGAGGAGGGCAUCAUGGGCUUCUUUGCGGGCCUCGUUCCACGCUUGCUGGGAGACAUCAUCUCCCUGUGGCUCUGCAACAUCCUGGCUCACCUCAUCAACACCUACGCUCUGGACGGCACCCAUCCGCAGGCCAAGGAGGUGAAGGGCUACACCCAAGCCAUCACCGGGUUCUUCGCCAGCAUCGUGACCUACCCCUUUGUGCUGGUGGCCAACCUCAUGGCCGUCAACAACUGCGGGCUUGCCGGGGGCUCCCUGCCCUACGCUCCACCCUACUCCAAUUGGCUGGCAUGCUGGAGCAGCCUCAGCACUCAGGGACAACUGAAGCGUGGAUCGAGCCUGUUCUUCCGCAAGGCCGUGCUGAAUUCAGACUUCAUGUAUUUGGAGUGAGCAACCUCUCGCUACUGCUGGGCUGUGGCGGGCUUUCAUGUCACCGUGCUGUUUUGCCAGAGGGGGUCUGGCAUCGGCCGUUAAAUCUGGGGCAAAGUAACGUCAGCAGGGAGACAUUUUGUAUCGAACAACGGACCACGCAGUUGAGACUAAAAUUAAACAUCUUGUUUUUUGUUGUUAUUUUGUAAUUAAGACAAGCCCAGUGCGUCCCGUAUGACUGAUUUCUGCCUGUUGCGUGGAGUUUAAGGUAUCAUGAAUAAACAUUAAAAGGUG